AUGCGCCCCGAGGUGGAACAGGAGCUUGCUCACACCUUGUUGGUGGAGCUUCUCGCCUACCAAUUCGCCUCACCCGUCAGAUGGAUUGAGACUCAAGAUGUUGUCCUUGCCGAGCAGCGCACCGAGCGCAUUGUCGAGAUUGGUCCUGCAGAUACCCUGGGAGGAAUGGCACGACGGACGUUAGCUUCCAAGUACGAGGCCUACGAUGCCGCCACCUCGGUACAACGCCAGAUUCUCUGUUACAACAAGGACGCCAAGGAAAUCUACUACGAUGUCGAUCCCAUUGAAGAAGAACCCGAGCCCGCACAACCGGCAGCUUCAGGUGCUCCCGCAGCAGCCCCCGGGGCGGCGCCCACUGCUGCUGCUGCACCCCCACCCCCACCCCCCAGCGCUGGUCCGGCAGCCGCCGUGGAGGAUGCUCCAGUCACAGCGGUGGAUGUGUUGCGGACACUCGUCGCACAAAAGUUGAAAAAGAGCCUUGCGGAUGUGCCGCUGUCCAAGGCUAUUAAGGAUUUAGUAGGAGGCAAAUCCACAUUACAGAAUGAAAUCCUGGGAGAUCUGGGUAAAGAAUUCGGCUCUACACCGGAGAAACCAGAAGACACACCUCUCGAUGAAUUGGGUGCGGCGAUGCAAGCCACAUUCAACGGCCAAUUGGGCAAGCAGUCGUCUUCGCUAAUUGCCCGAAUGGUCUCCUCCAAGAUGCCUGGUGGUUUCAAUAUCACUGCCGUUCGGAAAUACCUGGAGACCCGUUGGGGCUUGGGCGCGGGCCGCCAAGAUGGUGUGCUCCUGCUUGCCCUCACCAUGGAGCCAGCGUCUCGUCUCGGAUCGGAUGCAGAUGCCAAGGCCUACCUGGACGACGUAGCCAACAAAUAUGCUGCGAGCGCUGGGAUCAACCUUUCGACCCCGGCUGCUGGUGGUGAUGGGGGUGCCGGUGCCGGUGGCAUGGUUAUGGACCCUGCCGCCAUCGAUGCCUUGACCAAGGACCAAAGAGCUCUGUUCAAGCAGCAGCUCGAGAUCAUUGCGCGCUACCUGAAGAUGGACCUGCGUGGUGGGGAUAAGGCCUUUAUUACCUCCCAGGAAACGCAGAAGGCGUUACAGGCGCAGCUGGACUUGUGGCAGGUCGAACACGGUGACUUCUACGCUUCGGGUAUCGAACCAUCGUUCGAUUCACUGAAAGCCCGUGUCUACGAUUCGUCGUGGAACUGGGCUCGCCAAGACGCUUUGAGCAUGUACUACGAUAUCAUUUUCGGCCGUCUGCAGGUGGUCGACCGCGAGAUUGUCAGCCAGUGUAUUCGCAUCAUGAACCGCUCUAACCCGCUUCUCCUCGAAUUCAUGCAAUACCACAUCGACAACUGCCCGACUGACCGCGGCGAGACCUACCAGCUGGCGAAGGAGCUGGGUCAGCAGCUGAUUGAGAACUGUCGGGAGGUGAUGGACGUCGCCCCUGUCUACAAGGAUGUCGCUGUACCCACCGGUCCUCAGACCACCAUCGACGCGCGAGGCAACAUUGGCUACAAGGAGGUCCCUCGUGCCAGUGCCCGCAAGUUGGAGCACUACGUCAAGCAGAUGGCCGAAGGAGGCCCGAUCUCCGAGUACAGCAACCGAAUCAAGGUCCAGAACGACCUGAAGAACGUCUACAAGUUGAUUCGCAAGCAACAUCGCCUGUCCAAGGCGUCGCAGCUCCAAUUCGAUGCGUUGUACAAGGAUGUCCUACACGCGCUCGGCAUGAACGAGAGCCAGAUCAUGCCGCAGGAGAACGGCAGCGCCAAGAAGUCCGGCCGCGCUGGUGUCAAGCGCGGUGCCACCCGACCCGGCAAGGUUGAGACCAUUCCUUUCUUGCACCUCAAGAAGAAGAGUGCGCACGGCUGGGACUACAACAAGAAACUCACCGGUAUUUAUCUGGAUGUGAUGGAAUCGGCUGCCCGGGCUGGUCUGAGUUUCCAGGGCAAGAAUGUUCUGAUGACCGGUGCCGGUGCCGGGUCUAUUGGUGCCGAGGUCCUGCAGGGUCUGAUCAGUGGUGGCGCCAAGGUGACCGUCACCACGAGCCGAUACUCCCGGGAGGUCACCGAAUACUACCAAGCCAUGUACGCCCGCUACGGCGCUCGCGGGUCCCAGCUUGUGGUCGUGCCCUUCAACCAGGGCAGCAAGCAGGACGUUGAGGCUCUAGUUGACUACAUCUACGACACCAAGAAGGGACUCGGCUGGGACCUUGACUUUGUGGUGCCCUUCGCCGCCAUUCCCGAGAACGGCCGUGAGAUUGACUCGAUCGACUCCAAGUCGGAGCUGGCUCACCGCAUCAUGUUGACCAACCUGCUCCGGCUCUUGGGUUCUAUCAAGACUCAGAAGCAAGCGCACGGCUGUGAGACCCGUCCUGCCCAGGUAAUUCUGCCUUUGUCGCCUAACCACGGCACCUUCGGAAACGAUGGUCUGUAUUCCGAGUCUAAGCUCGCUCUGGAGACCCUCUUCAACCGCUGGUACUCCGAGAACUGGAGCAACUAUCUCACCAUCUGCGGUGCGGUGAUCGGAUGGACUCGUGGCACUGGUCUCAUGGGCGGUAACAACAUGGUUGCUGAGGGAGUCGAGAAGCUGGGCGUUCGCACGUUCUCCCAGCAGGAGAUGGCCUUCAACCUCCUUGGACUGAUGUCCCCAGCUAUUGUCAAUCUCUGUCAGCUUGACCCGGUCUGGGCCGAUCUCAACGGUGGUCUGCAGUUCAUCCCUGACCUGAAAGGUCUCAUGACCAAACUCCGUACCGAUAUUAUGGAAACCAGCGAUGUGCGUCAAGCCGUAAUUAAGGAGACAGCGAUUGAACACAAGGUCGUCAACGGCGAGGACAGCGGGGUUCUGUACAAGAAAGUGGUCGCUGAGCCUCGUGCCAACAUCAAGUUCGAAUUCCCCAACCUCCCAGACUGGGAAGACGAAGUCAAGCCACUCAACGAGUCUCUCAAGGGCAUGGUAAACCUGGAUAAGGUGGUCGUUGUCACUGGUUUCUCUGAAGUGGGACCCUGGGGUAACUCCCGGACUCGAUGGGAGAUGGAGGCCCACGGCAAGUUCUCACUCGAGGGCUGCGUGGAAAUGGCAUGGAUCAUGGGUCUCAUCAAGCAUCACAACGGGCCGCUGAAGGGCAAGGCUUACUCCGGAUGGGUCGAUGGCAAGACCGGCGAUCCUGUCGAUGACAAGGACAUCAAGCCCAAGUACGAGAAGCACAUCUUGGAGCACACCGGUAUUCGUCUCAUCGAACCCGAGCUGUUCAAGGGGUAUGACCCGAAGCAAAAGCAGAUGCUCCAGGAAAUUGUCAUCCAGGAAGACCUCGACCCUUUCGAAGCCUCCAAGGAGACCGCGGAGGAAUUCAAGCGUGAGCACGGAGACAAAGUCGAGAUCUUCGAGAUUCCCGAGUCCGGCGAAUACACGGUCCGUCUUCGCAAGGGCGCCACCCUGCUUAUCCCCAAGGCCCUGCAGUUCGAUCGUCUCGUGGCUGGUCAGGUCCCCACGGGCUGGGAUGCCCGCCGGUAUGGUAUUCCCGACGAUAUCAUUGAGCAGGUCGACCCGGUGACCUUAUUUGUCCUCGUCUGCACCGCUGAGUCCAUGCUGUCCGCUGGUAUCACCGACCCAUACGAGUUCUACAAGUACGUUCAUCUUUCCGAAGUCGGUAACUGCAUUGGUUCGGGUAUCGGAGGUACCCAUGCCUUGCGCGGCAUGUACAAGGAUCGCUAUCUCGACAAGCCUCUGCAGAAGGAUAUUCUUCAGGAGUCCUUCAUCAACACUAUGAGCGCUUGGGUCAACAUGCUGCUGCUCUCCUCCACCGGCCCGAUCAAGACUCCCGUCGGUGCUUGUGCCACGGCUGUUGAGUCGGUUGACAUCGGUUAUGAGACCAUUGUUGAAGGCAAGGCCCGAGUUUGCUUCGUCGGUGGUUUUGACGACUUCCAAGAGGAGGGCUCAUACGAGUUCGCCAACAUGAAAGCCACGAGCAACGCCGAGGACGAGUUCGCCCACGGCCGUACCCCGCAGGAGAUGUCGCGCCCUACUACCACGACGCGUGCUGGCUUCAUGGAGUCCCAGGGCUGCGGUAUGCAACUCAUUAUGAGCGCACAGCUUGCCCUUGACAUGGGAGUGCCCAUUCACGGUAUUAUCGCCCUGACAACCACCGCCACCGACAAGAUCGGACGUUCUGUGCCCGCUCCUGGCCAAGGUGUCCUUACCACCGCUCGUGAGAACCCCGGCAAGUUCCCGUCGCCUCUGCUGGAUCUCAAGUACCGCCGUCGCCAGCUGGAUCUACGCAAGAAACAAAUCAAGGAAUGGCAGGAGUCUGAGCUGCUCUACCUCCAGGAGGAAGUCGAAGCCAUGAAGGCCCAGAGCUCAGAAUCCUUCGACGAGUCCGAGUACAUGCACGAGCGUGCUCAGCACAUUGAGCGCGAGGCUUCUCGUCAGGAGAAGGAGGCGCAAUUCAGCCUCGGCAACAACUUCUGGAAGCAGGAUUCGCGCAUCGCUCCUCUGCGUGGCGCCAUGGCCACCUGGGGUUUGACGGUUGAUGACAUCGACGUCGCCUCCUUCCACGGCACCUCGACCGUUGCCAACGACAAGAAUGAGUCCGAUGUGAUCUGCCAGCAGAUGAAGCACCUCGGACGCCAGAAGGGUAAUGCUGUUCUGGGUAUCUUCCAGAAGUACCUGACUGGCCAUCCCAAAGGUGCCGCCGGUGCUUGGAUGUUCAACGGCUGCUUGCAAGUCCUAGAAAGUGGUCUUGUUCCGGGCAACCGCAACGCCGACAACGUGGACAAGGCCCUAGAGAAGUUCGAUUACAUUGUGUACCCCAGCCGCAGCAUCCAGACCGACGGAAUCAAGGCAUUCUCGGUUACCUCGUUUGGUUUCGGCCAGAAGGGUGCUCAAGUCAUCGGUAUUCACCCCAGAUACCUCUACGCCACCCUUGACCAGGCCCAGUACCAGGCCUACAAGACCAAAGUGGAGGCACGCCAGAAGAAGGCCUACCGCUUCUUCCACAACGGCCUGAUCAACAACAGCAUCUUUGUCGCCAAGAACAAGGCACCUUACGAGGAUAACCUGCAGAGCAAGGUCUUCCUCAACCCCGACUACAGGGUGACUGUCGACAAAAAGACGUCGGAGCUUAAGUACUCGGCGACGCCCCCCAAGGUGGAGGACCCGAGUGCGACAAGCACCCGGCAGAUGGUCGAGUCUUUGACCAAGGCCAAUGCUGCUGAAAACUCCAAGGUUGGUGUCGACGUGGAAAACAUCGAGUCGGUCAACAUCUCGAAUGAGACCUUUGUUGAACGCAACUUCACCCCGGGUGAGCAGGAGUAUUGCCGCAAGGCGUCCUCCCCACAGGCUUCGUUCGCGGGCCGAUGGAGUGCUAAAGAGGCGGUCUUCAAGUCCUUGGGAGUUACUAGCAAGGGUGCCGGUGCCGCCCUCAAGGAGAUUGAGAUUGGUAGUGACGCCAACGGUGCUCCGGUGGUCAACCUUCAUGGUGCCGCCGCCGCCGCCGCCAAGCAAGCCGGCGUCAAGCAAAUCAGUGUCAGCAUCAGUCACAGCGACUCACAAGCUGUGGCUGUGGCAGUCUCACAACUUUGA